CUCCUUCCAGGUGGAGGCCUCAGCAAACAGAAGCUGAUGGGGAAAUCCGGGAGCAGGAAGUCCAAGUCCCCACUUCCUGGCCAGGGCUAUCUGGGGACGGAGCGCCCCUCCUCGGUCUCCUCGGUGCAUUCGGAAGGAGACUAUCACCGGCAGACCCCCGCCUGGUCCUGGGAGGACCGGCCCUCUUCGACAGGUUCCACGCAGUUCCCCUACAACCCGCUGACCAUCCGUAUGCUGAGCAGCACGCCCCCCACCUCCAUGGCCUGCGGGGGACCCUCUGCCGGCCAGGCCGCCUCUGCCGCGCACCAGCCCAGCCGGAUAUGGGAGCGGGAGCCGGCCCCCCUUCUCUCCGCCCAAUACGAGACCCUUUCGGACAGCGAUGACUGACACGGGACGGAAGGGAGUUCCGGAGCUCCCCCCGUUUCGGGGUGGUGGUGGUGGUAAUGAGAGACACCCACAAACAC